UCAUACUCCUCACAUUCUUGCAACAACUUAUCUCACACUAUCCCAAACCCUAAACCCUAACCUUAAACCCUAAACUCUAACCCUAACCCUAACCCUAAUUCUAUUUGUGGAUUCAGCUGUUGCUAUAUAAUUUUUAUUAUUUUUUUUUAAGAGAAAAACCCUAACCCUAACCCUAACCCUAAUAAUGGACAACAUGCCCGGGAUGCAAAUGUUGUCGCCUCCGCCUCACACAACCAUGACACCGGCGAAUGGAGCCCAACACAUACACGAUUUAUCGACCACGAUGACUCACAUGACCUUCUACUGGGGCAAAAAUUCCGAGAUCCUCUUCUCGGGAUGGCCCGGGACCCGCACAGGGAUGUACGCCGUGGCCCUUAUAGUUGUCUUUGUGAUUUCAAUCCUCGUGGAGUGGCUCUCUUCUUGUUGUGGGAGGAUAAAGGGCGAAGAUUCGGGGCACAACAAGCUUUGCAAUUGCUUGAUUCGAACGAUUUUGUAUGGUGCAAGAGUGGCGUUGGCAUAUCUCGUGAUGCUUGCAAUCAUGUCGUUCAACGUUGGCGUUCUUAUUGUUGCGGUUGCGGGGCAUGCUUUCGGGUUCUUCGUGUUUGGUAGUGGUGUUUUGCAAAAAGACAAUGGCUCGGACAAGGGUUUUUCUCACAAUAGUAAUUGUUGAAAAAGGGGGUCGAAUGUUUGUUGCCCUUCUCUUUGUUAAACUUUUGGGACAAAAUCUUUUUGGUUUCAAGUUGUGUAUGUGUGUUUCAACUUGUUGGAGAUUUCCGUUUCCAGAUACAUAAUUAAUGGCUACGUACGUUUUCAUGACUC